UAAUGAAUAUGGAUUUCUCAAAGUGAACUAUAGAAAUGUCAUCUCCCAGAAAAAUAAUCAUAGACCUAAAUGUGAUAAAUAUUUUUAGAUGGACAUCUUUCGACAAGGGUAUCUCCCAAAAAAAUUCAUCGUAGAUCUGAAAAUCUCAAUGUGAUAUACGUAUAUCCUAAAAGAGCAAUUUUCUAGUAAUAAAUUCCGAAAUUUCAGCGAGCUUUCUUUUCUGUUAAUGAUUGCUUGGAUAUUUUGGACAGUAAUUUUUCAAAACUUCUAAUAAAUUCAAAAUUAUUGAAAAAAAAUACAUUUUCAUAGCAGAGUUGAAAAUAGACGUACUUACGAGUGAUCUAGAAGAGGUACCUGUUUUCAUAAUUCACGAAUAGAAUCUUUUAAUGACAAUUGAAUACUUCAGGUAUUUCAAUAUUCGAGAAAAUUUGAUGUAGGUACUUCUAGAAAUAAGUCUACCUCGUUUCUUUGCACAACAGUGUUAAAUUAUUCAUUCAUAUAGAAAAUGUAUGCUUUCAGGACAUACUCAUAAAUAUUCCAUUUAUUUCAUAACACAAAAUAUAAGUACGUAAUGCACCUGAAAUAUUUUUUGUCCAAAAAAAUUUCGAAAAUAUCCCCAAUUGACCUAAUUCGAAUCUGACAGCAAAACGAGCACUCAUUCGGGCAGGCUAGGUUGCCAAAAUAACAAAAGCGAAUUGUGCUGAGUCAAAAACAUUGCUUUAUACUUCCCAGAUAAAACAUGGCGUCGCACCAUUCUAUGAGAACGCUACAAAAGAAGCGAACAACCAAUUUCCGCGAAGACGAGACCAAAUUGCUCAUACAGUUGUGGGGUAGUCCUCAGAUUCAGAAUAAAUUGUAUCUGACGCAUCGCAAGGCACCCGUUAUGCGAAUUUUGGCGGCCAACAUGCAAAGACAUGGUUUUUACAGAACGCCGGAUGAGAUCAAAACCAGAAUCAGAAAUUUGAAAUGUCUGUACCAUCGAAUUAAGAGAACUGUCCAGUCCGGCGCUGGCCUCGGCACUGUAGAUCCGGACUGGCCCCAUUACAGAGCGAUGGACUCCAUUCUGUCGAAGGAGAGCAUUAAGAAGGAGAACCUCUACAAGGACAACGUCCUCGAAGGGCCAAGAUGCGAGGAUAUCAAGCAAGAAAUAGAAGACAUAGAAAUUAAUGAUGACAUGGAGUCGUACACCACCACCAGCAACCACGAGUCUGAAUAUGGAAGCGAAGAAACGACCAAUUUACCAUCGCUCACACCAGCCCCCCAUAAAAACGAGAAAAAUACGUCCAAGAAGUCCAAUAAGGAGUAUCCAACAAUAAUGCCAAGCUUGACCAAUUUUGCCAUACCCCUCCAAACACAACAAGUUACAUCUCCUCACAGUGCAGCCAAUAAUAAUAAUAGGCCAAAUGGUGUACCGUCAUUGCCUUUUCCCCUAUUUAUAGUGCAACAGAAGCCUCAAGUGACUAAUGGCGAAACAAAUUCAUCGAAAACGAAUCUUGCUACUAUGCAGUCACUGCAGCAGUUGCAGGCCCAGCCACAAAAUUGCGGUAGCACCGGAGAAAUAAAUGUUCUGCUCAAGGAUCUUGUGGAUAUUCAAAGAGAAAAUUUAUCUGUCGAAAAACGACGCCUUGAGUUAGAGAGGGAGCGGUUGGACUACCAUAAAAACGUUGGAAGCCAACUCUUGACACUGAUUCCAGUGUUUGGUAGUUUACUACAAAAUUUGAUUCUUACGAACGAAGCGACAAGUUCCGAGUCUUCACCGCAGAAAAAUUCAAAGAGAAAGAAGUCGGUCAAUGACGAAAUACUCAGAGAGAGUAAAAUAUUGCGAACUGUCCUAGAGAAAAAUAUCAAGAGAUACAUGUUGGAGGAGGAUUAUCAGGAAGAAAGUGAUCAAGACGAAAGUACACUAGCAAUAAAUGAAAAAGAAUCUCCCAAAAAGAAAAAGAAGAAUGAAUGCUGAUUUUUUUGUUGUUUUUAUGAUACAUUCCAUAUGAUAUUAACUUAGUUUGCUCAUUGUUCCAAGUUACCUGAAUACUUAUUUAUUUUAAUUUAUUUUUGAUAAAGAUAUUAUAUUUUGUUUUGAAUAAGAAAUUAAAUGUUUUGUUGAUUUUUA